AUGCUAGCCACCAAGUAUGGCAUGGAUCGGGAUGUUCUGGUCACUAUGACUGCUCUUGCAUCUAACGCGGAGGCUCAACUUCAGCUUACAACGUACGCCCGGUACUUGAGCCUGGUUCAAGACGCACUUCAGCCAAAGCCAACCAUCUCCCGCAUCCUCCUUGGUAUUGGAAGUGAGGAUGGAAGAGAGCCCCAUAAAGUUGCCGUUGAUUUACUUCAAACGCUCUCUCAUCUGCUCAAAUUUACCUCCCUUGGUAAUAAGAUGGUUCAAUACUUCGAGUCUGACGAUACAGAAGAUGCCAAAAAGGUACACAGUCUAUUUUCUGGUAUGCUGGAGCGUCUCCUAGCCCUAGGCGAAUCUGUUCGUUCCAUUAAAGCCAUAAAUAUCGCCUGUGGUGAUGCUCUUGCUACCCUGCUAGGCACUCUCUCUCUUGUUGAUUUCGUCGACACGAUUGAGGUUCUACUGCAGAGACCAAAGGAUAACCUCCGUAGACAAGUCCUUAGGCUACUUGAGAACCGUCUUGACAAUAGCAACGAUAGAGAUGCAGCAUCCCAAUCGAAGGCUCUCUCUUUCCUGUCUGUUCUUGUCGGAAUUGUCGAAACAUUUCCGGACAUAUUAUUGAAACAUGCGGCUGUUGCCUGUAUGGAGAAAAUUUCAGAGAAGUAUGGGAAGAAGAAUCCAGAAAAGGUCGUUGAGGCAGCGAUCGUGGUCGCCGGUGACAAGUGUAUGGGGCUCGCAGACAAUCGCAUCCGUAUCAUGGGUACGUUGUGUCUUGCAUCUAUGACGGAGGUCAUUGCGGAUGCAAUAAUCCCUGUACUUCCUGUCGCGCUCCCUCGCUCCCUGGAAUUACUACAAAGCAGCAUUCAGGCCAAGGAACAAAACCCAGAGCUGCAUGAUGCCAUAUACUCACUACUUUCUGCGCUAUUCGUUCACAUUCCUUACAUGAUCUCGUCGGAAGAUUUGGACAAAAUUCUCUGCCUUUCUUCAAGAUCAGCCCACGUUAGCUUGUCAGAGGAUUGUAACAUCAAUCGACAAGAGGCCCUUCAGCUAUUGGCAAAACGUGUGGAUGCGAAGGAGGUAUAUAAUGCAGUUGAACGCAACUGGCACUUCUCAGUAUCGAACGGCUCAAAGGCUGCCAAAGAAACCCUCGAAGUUGUCAAGCUAUCGAUUGAGAAACAUUCUAAGUCGGAUACUAUCAAGAAUUUUCCUGCACUCUCGAGGCUGCUGUGGAAAUUAUUCGACUUCCGACGAGCUCAACUCAGCUUACCCGCCAACGAUAGAUUUGAGGGACACCAGGUUGAUGACAUAGAGUCUUCCAUCAACGACCUAACGAUUAAAAUGAUAUAUAAGCUGAAUGAUACCAUAUUCCGUCCACUCUUCACACAACUCACCGAGUGGGCUACAGGGGAGCUAGACAAGUCUGAUUUGCCUGGCAGACAAGCAAGACUGACGACAUUCUACAAGUUCCUCGAGACUUUCUUUGGUACCCUCAAGUCCAUCGUUACCGGUUACUCCAGUUAUAUCAUCGAAAACGUUGUCGACAUACUGAAGAAUGUGCGACCGAAUGUAAAAGAAAACCAGGCCUUAUGGACAGCUGUAAUGCGAACACUCCGAAACUCAUUCGAGCAUGACCAGGAUGAAUUCUGGCAAUCACCUAGUCACCUCAGCUCAAUUUCCAGCCACCUUAUCAGCCAGCUCUCCAUUGCUAACAGCAAAGCAUCCUUCAAGUUGGUUAUAUCGGAAGCUACUCCAGCUAUUGUCGCACUCGCGAUUGCAGCGGAUUCUCCCGAUAACCAAAAGGAGCUGAACACACAUAUUAUGAAAUAUAUGCGUGCUAGUGGUGGCAAUGCUGAUUCUUGCAAAGGAGUAAACCCAUUUACUCGGCUUGCUGCGGUCAAGUGCGAGCAAAGCCUGACAGAAGAGCUAGGCGAAGAGUGGCUUGCUUUGCUGCCUGAGAUGCUACCCUUCAUCAGCGAAUUGAUGGAGGAUGAUGAUGAAAAUGUCGAGAAAGAGGUCAGGAAAUGGGUGCUUAUGAUCGAAGAUAUCCUGGGAGAGAAGUUGGAUGAUAUGCUUGCAUAA